AUGCCGGAGGCUGUGAAUAGAUACAGCGAUGAGUUGUUGGAAGCGCUUGCAGUUUCCUUGAGGAAUGAGACCAAAAGGCGCACGAUUGCAAAGUAUGAGGUCGAAAAUGUAUAUCGCCAUUUGAUGAAAAAUCAACCUAUUCAAAAUAAUGCCCAAUUGACUACUAGCAUCUUGUCACUAAAAGUACUUUCCAACUUUGUAGCAGAUGUUCCAGAAAAUGCAGCCUUUCUAGUUGUGAUGAUUCAAGACUCAAUACCAAUAGUUCCGUUUAACAUUGUACAGUUUCUAAGUAAGGAAUCUGAUGUGAAGGAGAUCUCUUUAUUCGCAAACGUUCAAUUGAUCCUUUUAAACAAUAUUCUAACUACAUCUAAGGAAGCUUUUUCAAAGGAAGCAUGCAAUUUGGUUCUGGAUAGGAUUUUAAAUCUUUUCACCUUGUGUGAAACCUCAAACAUUGAUAUUGAUAGCGAUUCGAUAAUUGAAAUCCUAGACGAAUUUGAGUCAAUUGUGGGAAAGGUUACCAUUUCAAAGUUUUCCAUAAUACGAGAUUUAUGUCGGUGCAUUAAUGAUAAUGCGAAGGCGGUCGGCGAUGACUUGAUUUUCUCGUCAUCUAAAGUUUGUCUGAAAUAUUCUUGCAAUUUAGAUCUCUCUGAUGUCACGGUUGCAGAGAAGGAAAAGUUUUUUUUUGACCUUUAUGAUGACUUGAGAAGCACGGACGAUGAACAGAUUCUUUUGAACGUCUCUUACGAAUUUAGGAUAGGUUCUGAAUCUUUUUUUCAAAGGCUACUUGAUGCAUUCUUCGAUCUGAGAGGUGAACUAAAAAUCAGCACGCACAUUCCUAUGGCAUUGAUCAUAAUUGCUAAUGAAAUAACGUCUGAAAAUAUUAUGAAGAUGUUCUUGGAGAAGGUUUCUGUGGAGAAAUUGAUCGAAAUUUAUUUUGCUCAAAUUUACCCCCAACUGAACUUGCAGCUGCCAUGGGAGCUACAAAGCAUAGCUUUAUUCAACAAGCUUCCAAUAAAUCAAAUCGAAAUAUCAGGUGCUGCAUUAGGUAGUUAUAUUACCAAAUUGAGCUCUUUAAUUGGAUACACUACACUACAGAUUCGACUGGACGUUGUGAGUUUGCAGGUGGUAUUUUUGGGGAAAAUUCUAGCUCAGACCAAGGAAAUUGCUCAAAAGAACUCCAUUUUGGCGUUCUUAAGAGAUAUUAAGUUGUUUAAUGAGUUUGAUAAUUUCCCUGCUGGAUUCAAGCAAAGUUUAAACCAGGUGUACUUCCCGUUCUUAAUUUCUCAUAAAAGUUCACCAGAGGAAGCAAGUGAUGUUUUGCGCAUCUCACUAACUGAAGCGAAAGAGAUUUUACAAAAGUCACUUGUAGCUCAGACAGGCGUGCAAAUCAAGUACUUGAUAGAGCUGAGUCAAGUAUUAGGUUUUUAUGUGCAAAUAUAUGCAAAAGAAGGAUGGUUCCAAGAAUCGUUCGGCAUCCUCAAGGAGUCUGUAGAAGGUGCUCAGAAACAACUGGAGCAGGAAAAUAGGGAACAGGGUAAGUAUGAGCAAGUAGCAUGGCAAGUACUUGAGGACAAUAUCAAAUAUACCGACGUGCUGCUAAAGCAGGGUUUGGGAAUACAAUAA